AUGGCCGACAGUGCAGAAGCACGAUACUAUGAGCAGCUCACCCAACAUCGUGAGCUUGACCCCCAAAUGGACCAUCAGCCCACUCAAUCAGAGCAUCAUGGUAUGCAGGAGCACCAGGAGCAGCAUGAACAUCACGAGCACCAUGAGCAUCACGAGCUACAUCAACUCCAGGGCCUCCAGGAGUCACCGGCUCCACAGCAACAGAACCCCCUUCCGCCAGUGAGCGCAGAUGAGCUCCAGCUCGCGGCUCAGUUAUCACAGGGUCUUGCCCCCAUGAUGGCUGCUGCCGUCCAAGACCAAGCACAGGACCAGCAGUCAAUUCAGCCGCAAGAUAACCAGGAAGGCCAAGUACAACAACAUCAGGCUGAGCCAAAUCUCCAGGAGCAGUUGGAGGCAUCGUUGCAGAACCAUGAGCGUGAGAUGCAGUCUCAUGGACAUGAGCUCCAAGGUCAUGGCCAUGAACUCCAAAACCACAGCCAUGAGCUUCAAAACCACAACCAUGAACUCCAGAGCCAUGAGCUCCAAGAUGUUCUGUCACACCCUGGCCAGCCUCAACAACAUCACUAUGCACAGAACCCACCGCCUCCGCCCCAGCUCCCUCAUCACAUGUCGAUGGACCACUUGUCACAGGUACAUCCCCAGUACCAGAUGCCUGAUGCUACGCCGCCCAGGAAACGGUCCAAAGUGUCCCGGGCCUGUGAUGAGUGUAGGCGCAAGAAGAUCAAGUGCGAUGCGCAGUCGGAAGCCAAUGAGGCGCCUUGUUCCAACUGUCGACGGUCGAAUGCACAGUGCCUGUUCAGUCGUGUGCCUCAGAAGCGGGGACCAAGCAAAGGAUACAUCAAAGAACUUGCCGAUCGCAUCAAUACCAUUGAAGGCAGGCUCAGCACCAACGUGGAAAGCGCCGAGAGGAGACCGUCAAGCGAGUCGUUUGUUUCCCCAGGCUUAGUCGACGACAGCAGGAAGCGGCCGUUUUCUAGUAUUUCUGUUUCUGGCGAAGGGUUCCAAACCCCGCCUCAGAACAGAUUAUCGGCGGCCUUCAACUCCGAGCACAGGUCGAUUUUGCCCUACGUCCAACCCGAAUUCCGCCCGCAAGUGUCCGGAAAUUCGACCGACCUCGCCUUGAAACCUACCGCGCCAUUGACAUACCCCGCUUCGACGAAUGAUAUGGAUUUGCAAGGCCAGCCCGACAUGAUGGACACCAUGGCACAGGACGGCCUCCCUCAAGCGUCAUCGCAUCAAGCGGACCAACUGCCGGAAAUCGACGACGUCGUUUUCAAUCGCUAUCUGGAGUGCAUCCACCCCAUUUUCCCUGUGUUGGCAAGCAGCAAGGCCUUGGUGCAGUCCCUCUUAUGGCGGGCUCCUCUAAGCCUCCAGAAUGCCUUCUACAACGGAUUUUUUUCCAUGAUGAAGCACUUCUCUCCCGAUUCCGGUGGCCAAAUCGACGGCAAUCCUGCUACCGCAUGGCGCCUUUUGAACGAAUGGGAGGCCGAGUGGAAACCGCGCUCUUCCGUCACCAAUCUGGUGCAGCUCCAGACCUUGAUUAUGACCAUGAUUUCGGUAGACUGCUUUAGUAUCGCGGCUUCCAAGGGCUUGAUGGGCCCGACCAAGCUCGACAUCCUCGGCCGAGCUGUCUCAGUUGCGUAUUCGAUGACGGCUCAUUCUCGGACAGUCGACCCUAAUCCGAAUCACGAAUUGGAUACCAACUCAGACGACAACGUUGCCUUGCGAGCGUGGUGGGUUUUAGUUAUGUUGGACAGGUGGCACGCACUCGGGAUGGCCAAGCCCACCCUGAUCGUCAGUGACUUUGUCGUGCCUCGGGCAGGCUUGGAGCAUAUCGUCGGGGAUGGUGUUUAUUCCUUGAUUCGGACUUCCUACGUCUUCACGCUUAUCAUGCCCGUCAUUGUCAACCCGCCGAUUGAUCCUUCAGAGUCUCAGGCCCUCGCUUUAAUGGCCACCGGGCCCACCCAAAUGCUAAGCUGGGUUCUCACGGCCAAGGAGAACCACGCUGUGCUCGACCUAGCGUACUGGCACCUCCGCGCCGUGUCGGAACUGCUCUCUCCGGACCGGGCGCAGCGCCCCCUCAACAUUCUCCAGGCUACCAGGUGUUUGGCCGGCCUCCUCGCCGCCAAACACGACUUGUACAGCCCCGUCACCCACCACUUUGCCGCCGUCGCCGCGCUCGGCCUCAUCGAGCUGCACCGCUUCCCCGUGACGCGCGACGAAGCCGUCCGCAUCACCAAGGAGGUCCUAGAGUACAGCAUGGCGCCGUCCAUGUGGAACGCCGCCGUGCGCGACAAGCUUUCCUGGUACCUGGCGCGUCUCCCAAACCCGGCGGGCCAGAACGCCACGGCGACCACCGGCCAGAACUUGCAGCAGCUCGCGGAUCUGGCCACCGCAGUCGACGCCACCAACACUACCACUGCUGCGGGCUCGGGCGCGCCUGCAGUUCCAACUGCGGCUAUGUCCUCUGGGGACGCGCAGCCUGCAGAGGCGGCCGGUGCUUCUGGUGCUGGUGCCGGUUCUGCUGAGAAUGGCGCUCCCUCGGCCGGCGGCGAUGGUGCCGCUGCUGCUGCUGCUGCUGCUUCUGUUGCGGCGGCGGCGGUGGCGGCCGUCAAGUCGGAGGCGGAGGGCGUGGAGGACCGGGAUGCCCCUCUGCCGGCGCUGGUGGACGUGCGCGCGGUGUUGAGGAAGGGAUAUCUCACUUGGUAUGACGAUGUCAAUGGUGGUGAGGUUGUUUAG